GCGAGCAGUGGGCCGCCUUCGAGCGCGCCCGCACGCCCGUGGACAAGCGCAUGUACUGGCUCAAGCGGCCCCACCAGUGCGACGCGGGCGCGGGCGGGCGCCGCGGGGGCGCCGGGGCCCCCCGCGAGUGGAACGUCGCCUACGCGCUGGGCGGCGCGGCCGACGACGACGAAGACGGCGGCGGCGGCCCCGGGCCCCGCGCGGCCCCCGAGGAGCCUCGAGAUUCCGAGCUGUCGGAGCUGUCGGACACCGACCCCUUCUCCGAGCCCGACCCCGCCGCGCGCGACGCCGCCAGUCCCCGCCAGGACGGGGCGCCAGCGGCGCGGGCCGCCCCCGGGCCCGGGCCUCGCGGGGGCCGCUGCCCGGAGUGGAGGCCGGCGCCGGGACCCCCUCCGGGACUGGGCGCGGAGACCCCCACGCCGGGGGACCUGGAGGACGACGGGAUCCCCUCGAAGCUCCACGUGGACGGGGAGCCCAGGGCCGGCAUCCGGCGCCGGCGCAAGGGCGCUGGGAGGCCCUGGGCCCCAGAGGCCCGGGCCAGCGUCCUGAGGGGCCUUCCGGACCCUUGGCAAAGGCCUCCGGUCCAAGGCGCCCCUGCAGAGGGCGUGAAAGGAGCCCCUCUGGGCAGGGCCGCCAAGACUGCCGAGAGCAAACCGCUGGCGGAGACGCGCGCUUCUGAGGACAGUGACGUCAACAUCACCAGCGAGGAGGAGGACCGCAAGGAGCAGCCUCUCCCAGGCCCCUGCUGCCCCAGAGACCAGGACGCCGCUGGCGGGGGCCGUGCCCCCCGGGCUCCCCUGGAGAGCCGGGCUGCACCACCAGAGGGCCUUUGCUGCUACAUCUGUGGGUGUGCGCUGUCCCCGGCCUCGCAGCACCAGAUCCACGUGCAGAAGCAGGAGAAGCUGGCCCAGGCGCCCUUCUUCCCCUUCCUGUGGCUGCAUAGCCCGCCCCCGGGGGCGCAGCCCAUCAGCGAGGGUGGCAGCACCCUGGUGUGCCCCUGCUGCUUCUCCUCCCUCAUGCAGCAGUGGCAAAGCUUCGAGCUGGCCAACGUGCCCGUCCUGCAGCGGCUCUACGUGGUGCCCCUGAACAGCCACGCUCCCGGCAUGGCCUCCAAGGGCAGGAGGCUCCCCAGGGAAGAGGGCCCGCCCGCCGGGGCCCUGCCAGAGGCCUGCUACCUCUGCGGGGAGGACUGUACGCGGGAUGCCCGGGCCGUGGCCUGCAGGACCCUCAACGGCAACGCCAGGGGCUCCAUGCAUUUCCCGUUUCUCAGCCUCCUGCCCUGCCCGCCCAACGCCCAGGGCCCCAACAAGCGCUGUGAGGUCCGCAGCUGCCCCAAGUGCUUCAGCGUCCUGGAGGACGUGUGGGCCCUGUACCGGGCCUGCCAGAACGAGGAGCUCAUCACCUCCGUGCAGGGCUUCUUGGGCCGGUACCACCAGGCCUUCUCAGCCUCGGACCCUGCGCUCUGCGAGCCGCCCGCCUCGGCCCAGGGCGGCCCGGCCUCUGUCUGCUACAUCUGCGGGGCCGAGCUGGGCCCUGGCAAGGAGUUCCAGCUCAACGUGAACCCCUCCAGCCGCCUGGGCGAGAAGGAGCCCUUCUUCCCCUUCCUCACCGUCUACCCGCCAGCCCCGCGCGCCAGGCCUGCCGACUCCACCGGCCUGGUGGCCACCUGCGUGCUCUGCUACCAUGACCUGCUGGGCCAGUGGCUGCAGCACGAGGCCCGCAGCGCCCCCCACGCCAUCAGCCCCUGGUCGCGGCAGUACCAAGUGGAGAUAUUCGUGUGCUUCUUCUGCCAGCAGGAGAAGAAGCGGUGUCUCGGGCUGAAGGCCGUGCGGGUGGCCCGGCUGCCCUUGUUUCUCUACACCCUUCGAGCGAGCCACAGCCUGCUCGUGGACGAUGGGCGACAGCUGAUCAUCGGCGCCUGCACGGAGUGCGGGACCCUGGUGUGUGCUGGCCAAGGGCUCACCCGCCAGGGACCCAUGGGCUGGAGCUCCCCAGGGGCGGCGGCGAGGAAGGUCACCUCUGCUUCUCUCGAGGCAUCGACGGCUGUCCCCCCUCCCAGCCGGGAGCCAGGACCUCGGCCGGGCGCGCCAGCAGAGAGCCUGACCAGGGGCUCCAGGACUGCCCCAGAGCAGGGGCCAGCCCGCGGUCAGCAGAGCAGCCUGGACACGGCCGGAGCAGACCUUGUGGGCACAGGCAUGAGCCAUGAGCCCAAGUCCCCUUCACUAGGGAUGCUUUCCACCGCGACCAGGACCACCGCCACCGUCAACCCCCUCACCCCCUCGCCGCUCAAUGGCGCCCUGGUGCCCAGCGGCAGCCCCGCCACCAGCAGCGCGCUGUCGGCCCAGGCCGCGCCGUCCUCCAGCUUUGCCGCCGCGCUGCGCAAGCUCGCCAAACAGGCGGAGGAGCCCAGAGGGUCUUCACUGAGCAGCGAGUCGUCCCCCGUGUCCUCUCCGGCCACCAACCACAGCUCCCCGGCCAGCACGCCCAAGCGCGUGCCCAUGGGCCCCAUCAUUGUCCCCCCCGGGGGCCACAGCGUCCCCAGCACGCCCCCCGUGGUGACCAUCGCCCCCACCAAGACGGUCAAUGGCGUCUGGAGGAGUGAGAGCCGCCAGCAGGACGCUGGCUCUCGGGGCAGCAGCAGCGGCCGGGAACGCCUCAUUGUGGAGCCCCCGCUGCCCCAGGAGAAGGCGGGGGGCCCGGCCAUCCCCUCGCACCUGCUCAGCACCCCCUACCCCUUCGGCAUCUCCCCCAGCUCGGUGGUACAGGACUCCCGCUUCCCACCGCUCAACCUCCAGCGGCCCGUGCACCAUGUGGUGCCCCCCAGCUCGGUGACCGAGGACUACCUGAGGAGCUUCCGGCCCUACCACACCACCGAGGACCUCCGCGUGUCCUCCCUGCCUCCCCUGGGCCUGGACCCGGCCACCGCCGCUGCCUACUACCACCCCAGCUACCUGGCCCCGCACCCCUUCCCUCACCCAGCCUUCAGGAUGGACGACUCCUACUGCCUGUCGGCCCUGCGGUCCCCCUUCUACCCCAUCCCUGCCCCCGGCUCCCUGCCUCCGCUGCACCCGUCAGCUGUGCACCUCCACCUCUCCGGGGUCCGCUACCCGCCUGAGCUCCCGCACUCGUCCCUGGCCGCGCUGCACUCGGAGCGGAUGUCCAGCCUCAGCGCCGAGAGGCUGCAGAUGGACGAGGAGCUGAGGCGGGAGAGGGAGCGCGAGCGAGAGCGGGAAGCCGACCGCGAGCGGGAGAAGGAGCGCGAACGGGAGCGCGAGAAGGAGCGCGAGCGGGAGAAGGAGCUGGAGCGCGAGCGCGAGAAGGAGCGGGAGCUGGAGCGCCAGCGGGAGCAGCAGCGCGCCCGCGAGAAGGAGCUGCUGGCCGCCAAGGCGCUGGAGCCGGCCUUCCUGCCGGUGGCCGAGCUGCACGGGCUGCGGAGCCACGCCACCGAGGAGCGGGCCAAGCCCUCCGAGCAGCUGACCCCGACCCGAGCAGAGAAGCUGAAGGAUGCGGGCCUGCAGGCGCCCAAGGCCGUGCAGCACCCCCUGCACCCGGCGCCCACCCCCCACCACCCGGUGCCCAGCCUCCUCUCCAACCACGGCCUCUUCUCGCUCCCGGGCAGCAGCGCCGCCACGGCCCUGCUCAUCCAGCGCACCAACGAGGAGGAGAAGUGGCUGGCGCGGCAGCGGCGGCUGCGGCAGGAGAAGGAGGACCGGCAGUCGCAGGUGUCCGAGUUCCGGCAGCAGGUGCUGGAGCAGCACCUAGACAUGGGCCGGCCCCCGGCGCCCAUGGAGACGGAGCACAGGCCUGAGAGCGCCAGGCCGGGACCAAACCGACACGAGCCGGGCAGCCGAGACCCCCCGCAGCACUUCGGGGGGCCCCCGCCCCUCAUCUCGCCCAAGCCGCAGCACCACUCCGUGCCCACGGCCCUCUGGAACCCGGUGUCCCUGAUGGACAGCGCGCUGGAGACACGGCGGGCCCCCGAGAGCCACCCCCUGCACAGCCACCCGGCGCCGUUCGAGCCCAGCCGCCCGGCGGCCGUCCCGCUGGUGAAGGUGGAGAGGGUCUACUGCCCGGAGAAGGCGGAGGAGGGGCCCCGCAAGCGCGAGGCCACCCCCCUGGACAAGUACCAGCCGCCGGCCCGGGAGGCGGGCAGCCUGGAGCCGCAGGCCUUCCCGCACGGGCCCGGGCCCUUCCUGGCUGAGCUCGAGCAGUCCGCCCAGACGGUCCUGGGCCAGCCGCGGGCCUCGCUCACCCAGCCAGUGCCCUUUGGGGAGCUCGCUGGGCCCCUGAAGCCCGGCUCGCCCUACCGGCCCCCCGCGCCACGGGGCCCCGACCCCGCCUACAUCUACGACGAGUUCCUGCAGCAGCGCCGGAGGCUGGUCAGCAAGCUGGACCUGGAGGAGCGCAGGCGGCGGGAGGCGCAGGAGAAAGGGUACUACUACGACCUGGACGACUCCUACGACGAGAGCGACGAGGAGGAGGUCAGGGCCCACCUGCGCUGCGUAGCCCAGCAGCCGCCCCUCAAGCUGGACACGUCCUCCGAGAAGCUAGAGUUUUUGCAACUUUUUGGCUUGACCACCCAACAGCAGAAGGAGGAGUUGCUGACCCAGAAGCGGAGGAAGCGGCGGCGGAUGCUGAGGGAGAGAAGCCCGUCGCCCCCGACAGUUCAGAGCAAGCGGCAGACGCCUUCGCCGAGACUGGCGCUGUCCACCCGCUACAGCCCCGACGAGAUGAACAGCAGCCCCAACUUCGAGGAGAAGAAGAAGUUUCUGACCAUCUUCAGCCUGGCCCACGUCAGCGCCGAGAAGAGGAAAGAACCAGCCACGCAGCCCGCCUCUCUGGAUACAGAGAAGCCUGUGGGCAUUGCCGCCUCCCUGCCUGACAUGCCGAAGGCCCCGGAGCCCGCGAGACCGGAGCCGCUCCGGCCCCAGGAGCGAGGGCAGGAGCCAGCGCCCGCCGGCGGCGAGAAGGCCAGGCUGAGCGAGACCCCCAGUGGCAGGAAGAGCCUGAGCAUGCUUCACUACAUCCGGGGCCCCGCUCCCAAGGACGUCCCCGUGCCGCUGUCGCACAGUGUCAACGGCAAGAGCAAGCCGUGGGAGCCCUUCGUGGCGGAGGAGUUUGCACAUCAGUUCCACGAGUCCGUCCUGCAGUCCACGCAGAAGGCCCUGCAGAAGCAUAAAGGCAGUGCAGCGGUGCUGUCUGCAGAGCAGAACCACAAGGUCGACGCCUCCGUCCACUACAACAUUCCCGAGCUGCAGUCCUCCAGCAGGCUGCCUCUGCCCCAGCACAAUGGGCAGCAGGAGCCCCCCGCUGGCAGGAAGGGCCCCCUGGCGCAGGAGAUGGACCCAGACUCCGAGGAGGAGGAGGAGGACGGGGAGGAGGAGGAGGAGGAGCCCCCCCGGCGCAAGUGGCAUGGGAUUGAGGCAAUUUUUGAAGCUUACCAGGAACACGUGGAAGAGCAAAACCUGGAGCGGCAGGUGUUACAGACGCAGUGCCGGCGGCUGGAGGCCCAGCACUACAGCCUCAGCCUCGCGGCUGAGCAGCUUUCCCACAGCAUGGCGGAGCUGAGGAGCCAGAAACAGAAGAUUGUUUCAGAAAGGGAGCGCCUCCAGGCCGAACUGGAUCACUUACGGAAGUGCCUUGCGUUGCCGGCCAUGCACUGGCCCCGGGGUUACUUGAAGGGGUACCCCAGGUGACGCUCCGUCGCACGAGGCCGAACCUAGAGUAGAGAAAUAGUAUCUAUUUUAUUACCUUGAAUAUUUAAUAUUUUUCACUGGGAGGUUUGAAGCUUAAAACAAUGAGAAUGUGCCAUGCAUGAAGCAAAGGAUUCCAGGCCCCAGAAAAAGAACGGACUCGCCUUGGCUUCCAAUGCCAUUCAGUCGUCUUGGUCAUCAGCCAGCAGCCACGUAGACGCCCCUAGUUUUUCUUUCUGGAGGUGGUUUUAGUCUUUCCCCACGUCAUCGUUGUUCAGCUGAAAGCGGACGCUCCGUCACCAACACUAACACGUGGUCCUCUCUCGCCCCUGGGGUUGUGUGCUCCGGAGUCUGGAGCAGGAGCAGCCGCUCGGCUCCCGCUGCGGUGGGCGCGGGUCUCGGUCCCCGGGGCCGGAGGGAGGCCUGCUCCGGCUCCCGGAAGGUGGGGUGCGUUUUAAGUUAAAGGGCUUAUUUGUUUCAGUUACUUUUCCGGAAAAUUCCCUUCCAAGCACCAGGUCCUAGGAGCACACAAAGCAGCCGUACUGAAGCCUCAGUCCAAGGCUUUUCCCCAGAAAAGCUCUUAGCUAAAGAGAAAGCCCAUCAGCCAACGGAAGGUACCUUUUUGUCACUCCACGGGCACACGCGCAGAGCUCUGUGCGUGCGUUGAGUCACAGCCACGGAUCGUUCCUGCCGUGGGGGGUGUUUUCAUACAAACGUCAAUUUUGAGAGAAUAGUCAAAGGUGCUUCAGCCUUGUACUGUGUAUAUAUAUUAAAAAACAAAGUUUUGUAUGUUUUUAUUACUUUAAUUAUUGUUAUAAAAAGCCUGCCAUUUUUAAUAUGUGGUUUGGGGGGAUUUUUGUUGUUUUCCUGUUUGGGGGUUUUGUUUGUUUUUUGUUUUGUUUUUCUGGGCAAAAAAGAAAAAAAAAAAACCCUUGCUUUUAGUGUUUGUACUGCUGCUGGUCAGGACAUUAAAAUACUGAAGUGUUUUUAAAAAUUAAAAAAGAAGAAAAGUAAAAGAGCUUACCACUGGCGCCUAUGCGGUCGCUUCAUUUCCGAGUUGCCACCAGAAAGUGCCGUGGAGCCGCCACGCUGCCGCUUCCCUCCUGUUGGGCCCCUCCUGGCUCCGGAUGGCCGAGGGCCCCUGGGGCCCGUUGCUGUCCAGCGAGGAGGGGCGGCUCGAGGCCCUCUGCGUGCCGUCACGCGUGCCCAGCACCCAGCCCCGGGCUUUGCUCAGAGGCCUUUUCAGGAAGUGACCGGUUUCUGCGCUACGUUCUAGGGUGUCUCACAGCAGUCGGAGAGCAGGUGCAGGGUAGGAACGUUAGCGGCGUUUUUAGAGGCAGAGCUUUUAACAGCCUCAAAGUGGGGUGAACAGUGUCUGAGCAGAACGUCUCCCCCUCUUGCACCUGCCGUGACAGGCACAGGAGCAGCUGGACGGGGGUGAUCCGUGUGAAGCCUGGGGCGGGGGGAGGCGGGGGGGGGGGGCAGGGCUUCCCUCUCGGCCCAGUUACUGCUUGUUCAGGCGGGGUUUGAGCUCGAUCAAGAAGGCAUCUCUUGCCUGAAGGGCCUGAACCAGAGGCCAGAGCAGCCAGGGAUUGGUCAGCCGGCGGGGGCGAGGGGAGGAAGCUGGAGCCUUGCGCUGCGGGCGCCCCCCCACCCCGCCCUGGGCUGGGACCGGGGCUGGCGAACCGUCAGGAAGGCCACUCACAGUGAGCAGGGCCGUGCCCUCAGCCCCAGACUGCACCCGCGCACGACAGCUUGCUGGCAGAUGGCGCUGCGUCGCUUUCUCUGUUCCCACACAGUUUGCAUUGUCUGCCUGCCAGGAACCUUCCAGUUAUUAGCAAACGCAGACAGAAAGUGCCGCCAGUAUUAUCAGCAGUCUACCAGCGCCUUCCCCGCUGCAGAAACGACAGAACUAAGGGCUGUUCUGGGGCCGCCUCCCCUGCACAGACGCAGAGAGCACCGCGUGCCACAGGUGGGGACAGGUGUUUAGAGGGCGCCCUGCUGCCAACAAUCACAGGAAGGCAUCGCUGCUUUCCUCUGCGUAGAGCCUGCUUGCUGUCUCUAGUCUGAAGGCUGCGCAGUCCCAUCCUGGGCCCCAUCCUCCCCUCCAGCCAGAAGGCCUUUGGGUGCCUUGGCGCCCCAGCUCGGCAGUGGCCCUGGCCCAAGGCAGAGGGAGGAGAUCUGCUAACUUGAUGGGGAAGCAGAGCACAGAGCUCACCCUGAGGGGAGCGCCCUCGGCUGGCUCUCCUGUUAGGGGAGGAGUGGGGGUACAGGGGUUCAAGAGGUGCCUUCUCCGGGCGGAGGCUGUGGCACUGAGCUGAUGCUAACUGCCCUCCCCGCCUCCCAGCUGCUCCUGACUCUGCCUCCCUGCCCGCCACCUCGCUGUGGCGGCCUCCGAAUAGUCUCGGGCUCAAGAAGUAAUAUGACAAUCAGAACCUAGAUAGAGACCCUGGGACAGAUGAGUAGACCAAGAGGCAAGAGCGUGUCUCUGGAACACAGAAGCACCCAUGCGACACGGGGCCCAGCCGCGCUCCUAGCACUUCCUAGUCUUAGGAUCUGAAGGCACUGGCUCGGAAGGAGCAGGGCCGCGGCGGCGGUGGGGCUUCAAAUCGGACGCGUGCGGAAUCCUGCAGGCUCGCUGUCGGGCUGUCUGCGAGUCUGAGAGGUCAGAAGGGGCACCUCUUUGUCUCUGGAGUUGGACAGGGGAACUCGUGUGUCAGUCUCUCCACGAAGACGGCCCUCCCUGGCCUCGUGUCUUCCCACAGCGCCUGGAAGACGUCGGCCACCUGCCCCCCAAAGGCACGUCUUCCAAAGCCGGGUCAUGGGACUCUGCCUUUCCCCAGACCUGCCACCACACAGCCUGGCCCUUGGGAGAUGAGGUCUUGUUUCAUAGAAUCAGAACCACACAGAUGUACGUGACCAAGGUAGAACUCGCCACCCUUUAGCCUGUACCCCAAAGGCAAAGGGACACUUAAUUGGCACUGGCAUUCUAACUGAUGAUACCCUCAGGGAGAUGCAGAGAAUAUGAAAAGGAGCCCACACCUAUGGCAAAGCAGCAAAACAAUCAUCACAGGAAAUCUUCAGUUUCAUCAGGUAGCUCACAGGGCUGCCAACUCUCCCAAGUCAAAUUGGAUUCCCCGUCCCUCCGAGCCACCCUGUCGAGGGCAGACAGUUCCCGGACCCGCCAUCAGGUGGAGCGGGUCCACUCAGCCGAUUCGGUCCCCCGAGUGCUUCUUGGCCACCGAGCAGCACUCCCUGUGCUGCGUCCAAUAACCAAGCGAUGACUUUGUCUGCCCUUGCAGUAGCCUGUCCCCAGCUUUCCGACCCAGCGCUUGGCUCAGACUCCUGACCUCUGCCCUGACCCAAGGACGACCGUGCUCACCGUGGGUCACCCUCGCCCCGCCUGCCGCUAGAACACCCAGCACGCGGGAGGAGGGAGGAACGGAGCCUGGGUCACUCUGGGGGCAGUUUAGAUGCUGUGAAGUUAAGCCUGUUGGAAGUGUACUUGUUGGAGCUCGUUGUGCUGUAUGUAACAUUGUUUGUUGACUGUAGUGUUAGGUAGGUAUGAACGUAUGGCUGUAAUUUCUGACAACAUCCGAAAAUAAAAUCUUCCUAAAUCA